AAAAUACUACUCUCUUCAUUAUUGAAACCAAGCUUCUUCCAAGAGGCUCCCUUUGAACCAGCGAUUUUGAAAGAAAGAGAGGAUUAGUCUUUGAGUAAGUUUCACCGUUUCGAAAAUUCGGGUCCAAGUACAAGCAAAAUCAUUUGAAAGCCAUUGUUUGCAACCAACAAGCGGUAAUCUAAUUCUUUCGAAUGAAGGCCCUAGUUAGAUCAUUUGUUGCAUUUCCAAAGCUCCCGUAUUACGAUGAUCAGUUAAAAAUUCAAUUGGACUUAGCUUACAUUACUCCUGAGCUAAUUGUUUCUUCAGGUCCAGUCAAUAGUUAUUAUAAACUGUUUUAUCGUUAUCCGAUACAUGAUUUUGUAAAAUUUUUGCAUUUCCGUCAUGGCGAACGUUGGUGUGUAUGGGACUUCAGAGGCGAAGGUGCUGGUUAUUCUGAUUCUGAUUUAUCUGGCCAUGUUAGACAUCAUCCGUUUCCGGAUCACCAAGCUCCCACAAUCCAAAUAAUUAAGAAGUCAGUUCAAGAGAUUGACGAAUGGUUAAAGGCCCACGAAGGUAAUAUCGCCGUGCUACACUGCAAAGCUGGUAAAGGUCGCUCAGGUACAAUUGCGUGUGCUUAUUUGAUUUAUAACAGUCAUUUGAAUAAUGAUGAUACAACCACUGUUGAAAAUAUUAUAGGUCUUUUCACUAAGAAGAGAAUGAGGCCCUCUGCCGGCCAGGGGAUAUCUAUUAUAUCUCAAACACGUUAUUUAAAUUACUGGUACCGAUAUUUAAAAGAAACUAAUAAAUUUAGGGAAAGUCAUGAUUGGUUUGAUUCUCAUGAUACGAUCGGUUCUAUAAAAUAUAUCAAAUUCAAUAACUUGACUACUAAUUCAUGGAACUACUUGAUGAGUCUUAAGUUUAAGCUUUUUAGUUAUUCGCCUACUUAUGAUGAUGGUGCUGAAUUGAAAAAUCUUUUCAACCUUGAAAGUCAUCAUAAACGAGAGGUUAAUCAAAAGGAAAAUUGCAUCACUGUCUAUCCCAAAACUUCUUUCUUGAAAACUUCAAAAGAUUUGAAGAUGACCAUCAAUGGUCUUAUAUAUUAUUGGUUCAACAUGUAUUUUGAAACUGCCACUACAGAAUUCGAUAAUCAACUUCAAGGUAGUCAUUUGAUAAAAUGGGAUCAGUGUGAUGGGAUCAAAGGUACCAAACAGAGAGGCGUUAAGGUAUUUGAUAAUAUAGAAAUCGCAUGGGUCUUUCAAUUGAAAGAGUGAUCGUUUUUAUCGCUGGUUUGCUAUAUAAGUUCUAUUUAUUUG